AUGGUACAAUUACCAAUCGAACAAAAUUUUUUAGAAAAUUCUAAAACUUUUGAUUGGUUUAAAAAUAGAUUAAUGAAAAAAGUAUAUAAAACAAAUAGUAAUAAUAAUAAUAAUAAUAAUAAAGAAAUAGGAAAUAUAAAUAUCACGCAAACUAUAAAGCUUGGACGGAAUAAUAAUAAUAAUGUUAUUAAUCAUAAAUUAGACCAUCAGAAUUCAGAACAAAGAUCACGGAAUGUAAGUUAUCGGAAUAGAAGUGCUUCGGAUGUGCACAACAAUAGUGAUACUACAAAUGAUCCAUUUAUAUUUAUUAAUGUCAGUAAACUACUUGAACGAGAAAAACGUCAUGUUCCUUCAGUGGCACAUUAUAUUCUUUCGCCGUUAGUAGCUAAUCGAAAGAAGGAUCCUUACAAUUAUAUCUCACUGACAUCAUCAUCAUCUUCAACAUCAUCCUUACCAUUAACUUAUGGAUUACAGAAUUCACGAAAAGAAAAAUCAACUAAAUUUGGAACAUCAGUAAGACCUAGAAAGCUGACAAGUCAAUCAUUUAUCGCAUACAAUGUUGAAAAUGAUAUUUUUAACUUUGUAUUUCAAUUUGUACGAUAUAAUCGGACAUCAGUAGAUUUGAUUACGGUAAGUUAA